CACACCAGGAAGGCGGAGUUCUGAGCUGCCUUCCACCAGGGGUGUGUUUGUGUGUGUAUGGGAUCUCUGCUACCUCUAAACAACAAGAUACCAGGCAAAAAUAAGAGAAUGAUGUUCAAAGCAGUUUGGAUGGUGGGAGAACUGAAAGAGUAAGGGAGAGAGGAGUGAUUUGAACUUGAUGACGCUGCAUGUGUAUAUAUGUCUGCAUGCAUUGCGUGCUAAGCUUGAUCAUGUCAUCCUGAGCUAGUUACUUGUGGGUGCAUUUCCUACUGUUGCGCACUACGUCAGUGAAUUAGAGGGCUACAGGUGUGAAAAGACUUACCUUGAACUAAUGUGCGACAGUAAAAUCGACUUUCUACUUGAUCACAAGCCUGCUGUGUAAAAUUAGUAGCAUUUACUGGCAAAAAUCCACGCCUGUGCAAUUGUUAGAAGACGUCUGGGGGCAAUUCUGUGGUGCUAAAUGCACAGUAGAAAUUGAGCAACGUACUGGAAGUGGGAUAAAAUUCAGAAAUCCAGGAUGGAGUCCAGCAAUGGAGCAGGUGGUAAAGGGAUGGGAUCCCAGAACAAAGAAGGACAACAGGGACUUAGCUUGGAGACAGAAGGUGUACCAGGAAAGACAGGGCAGCCCGUUGGCGUGCAGCCUUGCUCGGGAGAGGACUACUGUAAGGAGUGGGUAGACAGCGGUGGCACCAGUCUAGAAACACCGGUCUCUGAGACCGCGGCUUCCACACCUUCGGAACAUACAGAUCCCAGUAGUGCUGGGUUCAAACCCCCUGAGGGUGGUUUUGGAUGGCUUGUGGUAUUUGCUGCCACCUGGUGCAAUGGCUCCAUUUUCGGCAUCCAGAACUCAUUCAGUAUUCUGUACGUGAUGCUCUUGGAUGACCUCUCAACAGGUGACGAUGUUAAGAAACAAGACAAGAUACUGCAGUUCAAGACUGCCUGGGUUGGUUCUUUGGCUAUGGGCAUGAUCUUCUUCUGCUCACCAGUUGUAAGCAUGUGCACAGACAAGUUUGGUUGCAGAAAAACAGCAAUAACAGGAGCGGCGGUGGCUUUCAUAGGACUUCUGACAAGCUCGUUCACAAAAUCCCUUGGAGUUAGAUACUUCACAUAUGGAAUCCUGUUUGGAUGUGGUUCUUCCUUUGCUUUCCAGCCUUCCCUUGUCAUCCUUGGCCACUACUUCAGACAUCGUCUGGGUCUGGUUAAUGGCAUCAUGAAUGGAGGUAGUAGUUUGUUUUCCAUGGUCUUGCCAGUCAUCCUACAGAAGACUAAAGACGCAAAAAUUGGACUUGCUCGAAUCUUUCAGGGCCUCAGCAUUUUGCUGCUAAUCCAGGCUUUCCUUGCAUUGACUUAUAAGCCACUUUUACCAGUAACGAGGACUGAAAAAUCUUUUCCUGUUAAAAGAAGCAGAAGGCAGCAGUGUCUGUCUCAGCUGAAGAAGUAUUUCACUCUAGGGGUUUUCAGGAAUAAAAUAUAUCGAUUGUGGGCCUUUGCUGUUGCUACUGCUGUUUUGGGAUAUUUUGUACCGUAUGUACACUUGAUGCAGUUUCUGAAAGAGCAGUUCAAAGUCGAAAAGCUAGAGAAUGAAUUUGUUGUGCUGGUUUGCAUAGGAGGUGCAUCAGGCCUUGGCCGUCUGGUCUUUGGCAAAGUCGUGGACUGUAUUCCUGGAGUUAAGAAAGUCUAUAUGCAGGUUGCAUCUUUUGCGGUCUUGGGCAUCAUGUCUAUGAUGCUGCCUUUGUGUCAUGCAUUUUGGGUUGUUAUUGUAGUGUGCAUCCUUCUUGGUCUUUCUGACGGAUGUUUCAUCACUAUCAUGGCUCCCAUUGCAUUUGAAUUGGUCGGGCCCAUGCAAGCCUCCCAGGCCAUUGGCUACAUCCUUGGACUUAUGGCCAUUCCCAUGACUGCUGGCCCACCAAUAGCAGGAUUAAUUCAUGAUCAUUUAGGAGAUUAUCAUGUGGCAUUUUAUCUAGCUGGAGUUCCUCCACUCAUAGGGGGAUUGCUUCUUUUCUUUGUCCCUAUUGUCCAUCGACAGAUGCUCAAGAGACAGCUGCCUUCUGAUCCAAGCAAAGACAGGAUGCUCACACCAAACAGCACUGUGAAUGGAGAUCUGCUUCCUGGUUCUCCUGGGGACAGCAGUGAAACAAAUGCAUAGGCAUAGCAUUUCUGUAAUAAACAGUGAUACAGAGACUCCAGACUUGAAAUCUUCAGCACUCUAGCCUUUACCGCUUACUAACGUCAUUGCUGACUGUGUUUCAGAAGUGCUGGGAAACCUAAAUGCUGUAUUGUGUCAGCAGCAGGGAGAUGUUAUUUUUUUAAGAUGAAACUGUAAUUUACAGGUUCAGUAACUGAAUUUUUCCAACUUCAGGGAGAGAGUUCCAGUAAAAGUACAUUGGGUGAGAUCACUUCAAAUGUGUAGUUAUGUGGCUACUGAAACAGAUACUGCCCUACAAGUAUUUAAGUGCUCUGCAUUAACUGUGAUAACAUAUAAACUUUCACAAAAUUAUAAAUGAAUGUUUGAAGAGGGAAAAGUUGUCUGGUAGAAAAACACUGCUGAGCAAACUGCUGCAUUAUAGUCACAUUACAACAUUGCACAGCACAACAUCUGGUUUACCACUUUUUACUAAAAUCACUGAAAUUUUGGAUGAAUGUAGUGGCAUACAGUUUUGAUUUGGAAUUCGCCAAGUUUUAUAAUUUUUCAGUAUGGAGAGAGAACUACACAUAACAGAGUAUUCAUCUCUGUCUAAACUUCCGAAACUGUCAGGCACUAAAUAUUUCAUUAGAGUCUAGCAGCAUUGUAUUUGUCAAGCACAAACUUACUAUUGACUGUGGCACAGUUAUUUGAUACUUAUUGGGACCAAUUAAGUCAUUCAAAGGUCCUUCUUCAUUGAAAAACAAGUCUAGACUGGGAGCCGACAGAAAUAUUUUUUUCCUUGCAUGCAACACAGUGAAGAUGAUGACCACAUCUAACCUCAUGAAGUUUCAUCAUUUGUAGAGCUUUUGGUUGGAUAAGACUGAAGGUUAUCUUCAUUGGAUCUGAAGAUAAAAAAAACAUCAGUUCCAAAAAACACUAGUUGUGUAAUAUCAAUAGAAGGCUAAUGUGCCAACAAGUCUUCUAUGCUUAAUAUAAAUUGAUGCACGUCCUUAUAAAGGAUAAAGUAAUUUAUCUGAAAGUGAAUGGAUAAAUAGGUGAAGCAUUUCCAGCUGCCUAUUUGAAGAUUUAAGGAUCUUCUUAUGGACCUUUUAAAUAUAUAUGUAUUGUUUAUAAAUAAUCCCAUUUCAACAUACUAUGCAUUGUUGUCCUAUAUGGUAUGAACGGUUACAGCAUGCAAAACUAAAAUGCAAUAACAAAAAAUCACUCUGACAGUUACAGUUCAUCAAAACUCAAACAUAACCUGAUUGAAAGAACUGUUUUUUAGGAAGCAACUCCCCCAUCUCCUCCUAAGCUUACACACACACACACACACACACACACACACACACACACACAUAUAUAUAUAUAUAUAUAUAUAUAUACAUAUGCAAACACACAUACACACCUGCUUACAUAAUACUGGGUAAGACAGAGACUCUCAAAACUGCAUGCAGUGAUCUACAGCAACCAAUGGCUCCAGUCCUACAUGAUCAAGCAAGUGACUUCUGAGGACUUGAUCAUCAAAGAAAUGCAAAGCAGCCAUCAUGAAUAAAUGAUUAGUUGGGGAAACCAGUUCAGUGGCAAACAGCUGAUUAAGAUAUGGUAGUCACCCCCCCAAACAUUAACAGUGUGACCACAGACAAUUUUAUAUGAAAUGAGGGGGUGGGGGGCAAUGUUCCUUGCAUAGGGGUGUCUGAGCCCUCACCACUACUUAACUCAGGACUGAUAAGUUUUUUUUUUUUAAUUAAAACAGUUUUCACUGAAAUGGUUCCUUCUAUGAAUUCUGCCGGAUAUAUCAUAAACUCUUAAGAGGUACAGAUACGAUGGAGCUGCAGUGACAACAGGAGAGUGCUUAGCCCUUGUGCCAUCUGCAUUUAGCCAAUUUUUUUGCCUACCACUCACACAGAUAAGAUCUCAAUAAUGUCAUUCCCUAUGGAAAUUUGUUGCAUUCAGUAAUCAUAAAAUAUGAGCCAUCCUAUGUUCAUAAGGCCACCAGGUCAUAAACCUAAACUUCUUUCAGCAUUGCUUCUACUCUCUGGAGAAGAUCGUGACAUAAAACGCUGCUUUAAAAGCAACCAGUUUGACUUGGCCACCCAAAAGCACAGGAGGAAGAAGCACCAGGCCUACAUUACAUCUCUUAAGAUGCUGCAUGUUGAAAAUGAUUAGCUCAGAUACUGGCAGCAAAGUUCGUCAUGAACUUUGUUCGUCACUGGAGUAAUUAUCUCAGCUGACAGUCUCAUGGAGCCUGUUGAAGGAGAGCAUAUUUCUUCUUUUACAAGGACUGGAUAUCCUUUAAUAUUGACCCACAUUUCCUUAAACAAGACCAUUUAUCUUACCUUACUUUUGAAUGCAGACAUUUAGGAAAAAUAGCCUUUCUAUUGUUAGUUAUGCAUGGCCAGCUCAGGCUCUGCUUGAUGAAAAUAUCUUUGUUCUGAAUGAUGGGCGGCUCUAAUUUUCCCCUUUGCUCCACUAAAGAAGAGGCUUGCAGUUGCUAAGCAAAUUUUCCAAGUAAAUUGACAACUUGCAUUUUUGGUGGUCAAGUGAAACUGCUGAUGUCAGACUCCACUCCAUCAAGGGUGUGGAUGCUUCAAAAAUGUGUGCAUUUACAUGCAUUUGUGAUGUGGUCACUUGCUGAUUAGUUUGCAUAGUCACCCAACACUUCAGCCUGUACCAUGACUCCUGGAGUCAAACAUUACGUAGCUCUUCAUUCUUAAAAGGUUUAUCUUUCAGUGCAUUUUUUUGCCCCCUCUCCAUCUCUGGCCUUCCAGGAUGCCUUACUACUUGAAAUUUCUUUCAACCUUCCUAAUGUAAGAUCAACAGUUAUUUCAUUCAUUUACUUACUGUAUAAGUUCAUCUAUGAUUGGGUCCCUCUUAUCAUCCCCCUUGUGUCUGAAUAACCCCUCCAACCAUUGGCUGUUGUAGGUUCCUUUAAGACAGCCAAUUAUAUAUUUUUGUACUUUUGCUUGUUUCCUGUUUUACAUAUUCUUCUUGCUCAGUGAAAGGAGAUAAAGUGAUGGAUGCAGGAGCUAGGCAUGCUGUCCAAGUCUGGCGUGUGACAUCAUAGAAUGCUCAACCAGAUGGUACCAUUGCUCUCAACAUGAAAGAUGAUUAGAUAAAAAAUAGGAAUAUUAAGGGAGAUACUGUCACAAAUCAGGUCAUAUGGUGAUUACUAUGAGUUACAUAUGAUUGGAUAGUGAGACAUAAACACACUGACAUUAUAAAAUAAUAUCACUAUAUCUAGGUCUGCCAUGACGGGAAAAACAAAGUUACUAGUAAUAAGAUAUUACAUGAUAGGAAUAAGUAACUAAUGACAAAGUCCAAACAUGAGUGGAGUAAGGCACCAUAAGGUUGUGCAUUAUCACUUGUGGGAAAGAGUAAUUUGUACAUACUCUGAAAAGCCAUCUUACCCCAUUAGUAUGCACCGAUACAUUUAAGUCUGUGCUCACCUACUUUGUAACACUUGAUUGUUUAUUGUAGGAAUCCUCUAGAACUGUGGUUCAGCAGAACUGAUAAUACCUAGAAAUAAAAUAUUGGCAGAAGAAAAUAAGUUAUAGAAAGAAGAAUAUAAUGCUACAAAAUGCAGCAAUGAUGCUAGAUAUUUAAAAUGAAGUGCAAGCCUGGAAAUAUCAAAAUGGUAAAUUGUGGAAAUGUAUAGAUGGUUAGGUCAGGAAAGCACUAAGAAGAUUGAUAAACAACUCAUAAAGAUGAAAUUUAAGGCAUUAAAGCAGUGCUAUUGACUCAGUAGUCAGCUGAUCUACCACUGACAUUGUAACAUUCUCAUCUUUAUAGUCUCUGUCAUUAUGCAAAGUAAAUUGACUCAUUUUUCAGUAUGGUCAGUGUACCAUAAUAGUAUUAUGGUAGGCCAAAUUUACAGUCUGCACAUAACUUUUUUUGGGUAAUCUGGAUGACUACUGGCGUUUGCUUUUUUAGAAAAAUAUAAAAUAUAUAAUGCACAGAAUACUCUGGACUACCCCCAAUAUGGCAAUUGUUUUUAGCCAGAAGUCAUUUACAUCAUCUUUCAGUAUUCUAGGACAUAUUUAUGCAGUGCAUUGUGGGUAGAUAUGGCACUUCUAAUGUACCAUUCUUUUAAUGAGAUGUUAGGCUGAGGUCUGCCUUCUUAUUCAUGAGAAAAUUUGAAUGACUCCCCAUUCACAGUAUAAUGUUAAAAAAGAGAGAAUGCAUCCACACACCCCUUACUUAAAUGUACUAACUAUAUGGUCACACAGCUGCGGGGAAAGUUAAAUAUUGACUGCAAACAUUCAAUGUGUAUGGUGUUUUCUCAUUUCUCUGUGGUUGUGUCAUCAUGGAGUUAGUAUAUUUAAGUAAGGAGUUCUGGGGAUGAAGCCGCCUACAUGGUGGGUGCAGGGGGGCUUGUCCCCCUGCAAAAGCAUUUUUUUGGCAUAUUUUCUCUUUCUUAACAUUUUAGAUAAAAUUAACUAUCAGUAAAAAGACUUGUCAAAAUUAACUGUUGAUAAAAGUGUGUCAAUAUAUUGAGUUUACGUAAAAGUGUACUAGAUAAAUUUAAGUAAAAAAAAAAAAAAUAUAUAUAUAUAUAUAUAUAUAUAUAUAUAUAUAUAUAUAUAUACACA